AUGUCUGAUUUAAAUUAUCAAAGGCACACAGACAUUGUGUCCUGCGCCGAUGUUGGCAUUGGCACCUCAGCUGUCAGAGCUUCAGGACCAUUGCAUACAUCCACACCGCACAAAAGGCCCCGUUUUGAACUGGAGGAGGAAGACGAUGACCCUUUGGAAGGUAGCUCAUCUGUGAUCUUUACAGAUCCACAGGAUGUCACAUAUGAUCCUCAACACUCAGUCACUUUGACUGAAACUGAAGAUUUGACAAUGGAAAAUUCUGCUUCGACUCACAAAAUAUCCACAUACAUCGUGUAUGAGAAUUGCCUACUGGAUUUAUUUGAGUUAUGCCCAAGGUGUCAACAUCAUUCUAAUCUAAAGACCAGAACCAUGGGCACACACUUAAUAGUUGAGCAAAACUGCCCACGUUGUGAGUUCUCAAGGAUAUGGCAUAGUCAACCUAUUAUUGGGUCUACUCCUGCCGGAAACCUUCAGCUCACUGCAGCAGUUUACAUUUCAGGAGGCUCCUUCUUCAAGCUUAAAAGGAUCUUCAAGGCAAUGCAACUACAGCUGUUCGGCUACACCACCUUCCGACGAUUUGCACGGAGAUAUAUCGAGCCUGCCAUCGUGUACAGGUGGAAGACAUUGCAGGAUACCACACUGGAACAGCUAAGACAACAAAAGAAUGUCAUACUAGGAGGUGACAUGAGGGCUGACUCCCCAGGUCAUUCUGCAAAGUAUGGCACCUACACCAUGAUGGAUCUCAGGAAUAACAGGAUUGUUGAUCUUCAGCUGGUUCAGAGCAAUGAAGUCGGUGGGAGUUACCACAUGGAGAUGGAGGGUCUGAAGAGGAGCCUUUCUCUUUUGGAGGAACGUGGUGUUACUCUGGAUAGUGUUGUGACAGACCGCCAUCCGCAAAUUCAAAAAUUCCUGAAGGAGACCAGGAUCAAACACUACUAUGAUGUUUGGCAUAUAGAAAAAGGACUAUCCAAAAAGUUGGUCCUGAUAUCAAAAAACAAGGAGUGUGACAUACUGAAGAAGUGGCUUCGCAGUAUAAAAAAUCAUGUAUACUGGACAGCAGCUUCCUCGACCUCAGGGCCAGAGAGGGUGGCGAAGUGGAUGUCUAUCCUUAACCAUAUCCAAAAUGUCCACAUCCAUGAAGACCCUGUUUUCCCUAAGUGUUUGCAUGCCCCACGGACAUCGAGGGACAAAAGCAAAUGGUUGAAAGCAGGAACAGAGGCAUUUUGCAAAUUAGAGAAGGCCUUGAGUAAUACCAGAAUACUGAAAGAUGUGGAGAAGAUGAGCCCUCACCACCAGACAUCAUCGCUGGAGUCUUUUCACAGCGUGAUCCUACGUUUUGCACCCAAAAACGUGGUGUUUCCUUUUCUUGGAAUGUUGUGCAGACUCUACAUGGCUGCCAUGCACUUUAACGAAAAUGCUGGGCGCCCACAAGCAACAACCUCAACUGGUGAGCGGCUGUUUAAAGUUAACUUCCCCAAGGCCAAAAAAGGAGAAUGUACUGCGAAGCCAGUAAAAGUAGAUCCAACAUACAGUAAGUUUUACAAACUUUUAUUAAACAAACCACAACAAAAAAUAAAAAUUCUGACGAGACAUUGUACAACCCGUGCAAAUAUAAUACACACUGUAUUAUAAUUUCUUCCAUUAUAAAUAUAUAUAUAUAUAAACUUGACACACGUAAAUGCAAAAAAUAAAAUUUUAGU